CUCAAGAAUGGAGCCAAUUUAGGCAGUUUUCGCUUUCACCAUUAUCUUACUGCCUACGAAUAAGAAAUUUUUGCGAUCACCACGCCAUACAAUCUUUACUUGAAAUAUUCGCGUGUUCGGUUUACAUGAAAAACAACUUUGGUGGAAGCUUCUAGUCGAAUCAAGGUUUUGGUGACAGUGUUGAAUUACGACAGUAGCUUUAGCCGCUAUAUUAAUACGUACUAUCAAAUCAUCCUUGCAAUACUUUACGACAGUGGUUUUUUAAUAUUAUGUAUUAAAUAAAUGUCAAAUAUGCUAGGUAUAAUCGCCUCUGGCCGGCUCGUCCAGACAGAUUUCCACCAAAUAAGCGAAACUCAAUUUUUAAUAACAGUUCCUGAUGCUGAUAACAUUAAUCAUAUUGCAGUGUUCCUAACGGGUACAAUACCGUUUCCUGAUGGCACAGGAGGAGCAGUCUACUUCAGUUGGCCUGAUCCAAAUGCACCACCAAAUUGGCAAUUCUUAGGAUAUAUAUCCAAUGCAAAACCAUCGGCCAUUUUUAAAAUAUCAACUCUGAAGAAAAAUCAUGAGUUUGAGAACAGCAACUUGGGAAUCUUUGGCAUUACAAAAAUCUCACAUGUUGCACAGAUUGGAGUGUCUGUGGAGCCACUUAGUGUGAUCGAGCAACAAGUGUCUGUAAUUACAUUGACCACAACCAACAGCUUCCUUGAAUUUAGUCAGAAGAUGCUGACAAAUUUUCUGAACUUUGUAUCCAGUUUUUCAGUGACCCAACAGCAGAUGACUCCAAAUCCCACUGAAAAUUUUGUACCACUUUCUACAGUGCAAACAUGGUACGAAACGUUUCAAAGACGAUUACAACAAAAUCCAAAUUUCUGGAAAGCGUAACAGGAAUAUAAAAUACUGUUUUACGCUAGUCCAUUAUCAAUCUUGAUUGUAUCUUUGGGACAGUGCUUUUAGAGCAUUUAAACGUGUUCAUCUGUUUAGUGAGAUCAUUGGAUCAGCAUUUAUUUUAUUUAAGUAAUCAUUUCUAGUUGCAAAUUCAGGACUUUUGUAUAACCAUCAUCUAAUAAUAAGAAUUU